CCCUUCACUCUACUCUCUCAAUUCGUCUCAUUCCACGUGCAAACUUCGCCCGCGACAGACCCUCAAAAGAAACAAGAACAACAAUGCUUCGUCGACUCACAUUAUACAUAGUCUUUUUUAUUUUUUCUUAUUUUCUCGAACCCUCAAUAUCAGCUUUAUUGUUUCCAAAAAAAUUUAACUCUACUUUAAAUCAACGAUUUAUUUCUGCAGAUGAUUCUGGAUUAGUUGAAAAAUUUGAUGAGCUUCCACCGGAAGUUGAUGUUAGAAAGGAUGUGCGACCAGGAAAACAUAUGUGCGCAGUUCAUAAAGAUUCUAGUUAUCCAACAAAAACUAAACAAGUAUAUUGUAAACCUACAUUAAAAACUUACAGAGAAAAAUGUUUUUACAAUCAAAUUUGUACCAGUGUGAGGGUAGUUUAUGAGCGAGCAUACAGAGAUGUUGUAACAACAAAACAUUCAAAACAACUUACGUAUGAAUGUUGUCAUGGGUGGACGCGGGCGAAUGAUACUUUGCAGGAUUGUGAUAUACCUAUUUGUGACGUAACAUGUGAAAAUGGUGGAAUAUGUGUAAAACCAAAUAAAUGUCAUUGCACUCAAGGAUUCACUGGAAGAAUUUGUGAAAAUGACUUGAAUGAAUGUGAAGAUAAACCAUGCGAUCAAAUUUGUCAUAACACUCAUGGAAGUUUUCGGUGCGAAUGUAGAGAAGGUUUUCAGUUGAAAGAAGACGGAGAAUCCUGUAUUAAAAAUGUUAAGGAAGAAACGGAAAUCGAAGGAUCUGAACUAGAAAGUUAUGAGAAUAGGAUAUUAAACGUGGAAAAGAUUGUCCAAGAAAUAAAUCCGGAUGAAAUAAAAAAUCUAAAAGAAAAUUAUAAACAUGUACAGAAACAAUUAAAACAUAUAGAUGACAAAUUUAAUCAAAUCGGUCAGUACAAACACGAUAUGCACAAAUUUAAAAAUAUGUUAAUUCGUUUAUUGAAGCGGACCGAAAAGAUUGAGGAACAUAUGAAAAAAUUGGAACGUCCCAAAUCAACAUAGAUUUAAACGUUUGAGAAGUAUUUAAAUGUUUCGCCAUUAAGCCAUAAGAAAUAAAUGUGAUAAAAUUGGAUGUAAAUAAGCUUAA